CUCAUUAGCCACUGUCUCAUUCAAACUCACUCACUUUACUGAAUUCCUCAAUUAGGGUUUUUACUGAUUGAAAUGCAGAGCAACAACAAUGGAAGCAAUUGAACAACACCAAAAUCACAAUCAAUUACCAGAUCAAACUGAAGAAUUUGGGAUUCAAUCCCAGAAUUCUGAAACAUUGUUGUUAUCGUCCGAUCUCAAUUUCCAAAACCCUGACCAAAAUCAGCCAAAAGCUGAUGAGAAUGACGAUGAUGAUGAGAUGGCGAUGCAAGCCAUUUGCGAAGAGCUUAAAAAUCUGGUCUUGAGCCAGGUUCUGGAUGAGGAUGGACGAAACAAAGAUCUUCACCGCCUUGAUCGUGAAGAAAGUGGAAAACUCAAGGAAAAAUUGGAAGACGAGCUUGGAAAUGUUGAAGGGAAUGAUGAUGGAUGGGGAUAUGUAGGUGAAUAUGGUUAUGAUCAGUAUGAUGAGGAUGGUGAUGAAAACAGGAGUGGAAGUAGGAAUGACAAUGAGAUUGAUGGGGAAAACGAAAAUGGUUAUGAAGGGGAUUCUAAGGAAGCAGGGUUUAAUGCUAAUAGGAUUAAUAAGAGGAAGAUUAAUUAUCCUUUAAGACCUGAUGCUCAGGAUUGUCCUUAUUAUAUGAAAACAGGGAUGUGUAAAUUUGGAUCGAAUUGCAAGUUUAAUCACCCUUCCAGAAGAAGAAUCCAGCAGGGGACAAAGGAGAAGGGGAAGCAAAGGGAAGACAGCCAGGAGAGGCCAGGGCAGAUUGAAUGCAAGUAUUACCUGACAUCAGGGGGUUGCAAGUAUGGAAAAGCUUGUAAAUUUAAUCAUAGUAGGGAAAAGGGUGCCAUUUCACCAAUUGUGGAGUUCAACUUUCUUGGCCUGCCCAUCCGACCGGGGGAAAGGGAGUGCCCUUACUAUAUGCGUACUGGCUCUUGCAAGUAUGGGUCCAAUUGUAGGUUUCAUCAUCCUGAUCCUACCACUGUGGCUGGAGCUGAUCUAUCUUCUGGACAUAACAACACUGGAGCUGUUCCUGUACAAGCUGCCUCACAUUCAUCUGCAUCUUCUUGGUCUCCGCCAAGAGCAUUGAAUGACACAGCUCCUUAUGUACCAAAUAUGUACCCACCAACCCAAGGCACUGCUUCUCCAAAUAUUGAAUGGAAUGGGUAUCAGGCCCCGGCCUAUCCAACAUCAGAGAAAAGACUACCUACUCCUCCAGCAUAUGCGAUGAAUAACCCGGCAAAGACCAAUUUCUAUCCACUGUCUCAACAGUCACAGCAGGUUGAAGAAUAUCCUGAACGUCCUGGUCAACCUGAAUGCAGUUACUUCAUUAAAUUUGGAGACUGUAAAUACAGAUCUAGCUGCAAAUUUCAUCAUCCAAAGUCUAGAAUAUCAAAAGCAAACUCAAGUACUCUGAACGACAAGGGCCUGCCUCUAAGACCUGAUCAAACCGUCUGCUCAUUCUACAGCCGCUAUGGAAUAUGCAAGUAUGGUCCUGCUUGUAAGUUUGAUCAUCCAGAAAAUUAUGUUGGAUCUGCAUCAGCUGCCGAGUCUGGCUUUGAUCAACGUGAGCAAUCACAAAUGUCUCUAGGAUGGCAAGGACAGCACCUGGAAGUGGAUCACUGAUACAGCAGUCUGUAUGAGACCAGUUCCAUCUAGAGUUGAGUUUAAAACCAUAAGCCAAUGGUUGAUCUUCGGAGUCUUAAAACUCCACCGACGUGAGUAUAAGUUCUCAGAUCUAUUUAGAGGAUGGUACAUUUAUCUCUCUAUGUUUCAUGUUGUUAAAAGCGCAAGCAAAAUAGGAUACUGUAAAUUGUUGAUAGAGCAUUUUGUUUUAGAUUAAAUGAAGAUAUUGGGAUAUCAGCACAGGGGGUUGAUCUGGGCUAUUUAGCAUGUUUUCCCCUUUGAAUACAUUUUCAAAUCUUUAUCUAUCUCAUUCAUGUCAAGACUUUUUUCUGUUUUACUAAAA